AAGAGAAACGAGAAAAUGGGGCUGGCAGCAGCUGUUGCUGCUACUCACAAAAUGAUGAUUCACGGCAAAACCCCCAAAUUCUCCUCUAAAAACCCACAAAAUCUCUUCGGUAAAACCUUGAUUUUUUAUUCUCCCAACUCUCCGACUCUCUUCAAUUCGUUGCUUUGCCUACGAGUCAACUCACUCCACUCAAAGUCCCCGUCCAUUCGGACCCCCAUUCAAGAACUCCUCCUCCUCCUUGCUUUCUCAUUGACCCUUUUGUGUUGCCGUCUUUUGUCCAAUGCCCUUUUGUCUGAUUUCCCUCUUCGUUGGCAACGCCUUCUCUCGUGAAUCUUAAGCUCGGACCAAAUUUUAUCCAAAACAUCUAUGGCGAGCCAUCGUAGCUUAUGAGGAUCGUCGCUUCUUUAGGCAUUUUGGAAUCGAACCAGUUGGGAUUGUUCGAGCUGUUUUGUCGCUUUCGGCUUCGUGGGGGUGGUAGCACCAUAACUCAGCAGCUUGUGAAGAACACUUUCCUGAAAAAUGAGCGCACAUUCUCGAGAAAGAUCUUGGAGACGGUGCUAGCUCUGGUGUUAGAAAGGACAAUGUCAAAGCAAAGAAUAUUAAGCUCUUAUGUUUAUAUACUGGGGACAUGGUAUUAAUAGUAUUGAAUCAACAUCAAAAUUCUAUUUUGGGAAGCAUCCAUUUCUCCUGAGCUUAGCUG